CAUUCUUGAAACACUAUCAAUUAUCAAAAUAUCUCAAGUUCUCAAACACAAAACCCAACACCACUAAUGGCGACGCCUUCAUUUGAAAAUAAACUGGCCACAGCAAAGACAAUCUUAACCACUGCAGCUUCUGUUGCUGGUACGGUCAUGCUAGCUCGAUCAGUGUUCCAAGAUUUCUUGCCCAGUGAUAUCCAACACUACUUCCUUUCUCGCUUUUGCAAAAUCUUCAACACUCGCUCCUCCCAUGUCACCAUAGUCAUUGACGAACUGGAUGGGCUAGCUAAAAACCAAAUCUACGAGGCUGCCAAUAGAUACGUGGGCUCCAAACUCGCUUCUUCAGCUAGCAGACUCAAACUGAGCAAGCCUGAGAAAGAAUACAAUAUUAAACUGACCAUGGAAAGCCAUGAAGAAAUGGUCGAUAUGUUUAAUGGAGUUAAACUGAAGUGGGUUUUAAUUUGUAGAGAAUUUGAACCCUGGAGGUUGAAUAACUCUCGUGAUAUGACCCCCGGUACUCGAUCAGAGGCAAGGGCUUUGGAGCUUAGUUUCCGUAAGAAAGACAAAGACGUCGUCUUUGACUCAUACUUGCCUUAUAUUGAGAGAGAAGCGGUGAGAAUACUACAAGAGACAAAGAAACUAAAGAUCUUUACUGUUGAUCACAAAAAUCUUUAUGGGAACUGGGCUGAUGCAUUGGUGUCAGCGAACCUCGACCAUCCUGCAACAUUUGAUACAAUUGCCAUGGACCCAGUGGAGAAGGAAAACAUGUUGAAUGAUCUUCAAAGGUUUGUGGAGAGGAAAGAUUACUAUAGAAAAGUAGGUAAAGUUUGGAAAAGAGGGUAUUUGUUACAUGGACCACCGGGUACAGGCAAAUCCAGCUUGAUCGCAGCAAUGGCCAAUUUUCUCAACUGUGAUGUUUAUGAUUUAGAGUUGGGUACGUUGAGGUGCAAUGCGGAGCUUAAAACAUUGCUUCUUUCAACUGGGAAUCGAUCCAUAAUCGUGGUGGAGGACAUAGAUUGUACAAUUCACUUGCAAAAUCGGUCACAAAGAGGUGGAGUUGGAGCUGAACUUGCAGGCUAUGGAGAUGAUUAUCUUCAACAAAGACAGGUAACCCUAUCUGGGUUUCUCAAUUUCAUUGAUGGAAUUUGGUCGAGUUGUGGAGAUGCAAGGAUAAUUGUCUUCACUACAAAUCAACCGGAGAAGCUGGACGCAGCGUUGUUGCGUCCUGGACGUAUGGACGUUCAUGUUAACAUGACGUAUAUCAAACCAUAUGGGUUUAAGGUUCUUGCUGGUAACUAUCUUGGAAUUCAAGAUCACGUAAUGUUUGAUGAGAUUAACGAAUUAAUUGAAACAACACAAGUAACCCCAGCUGAAGUGGCGGAGCAACUGAUGAGACAUGGUGACAAUGAUAUUGUACUCAAUGGCCUCGUUGAAUUUAUCAAGCUUAAGAAGAAAGAACUCAUUAGAAAACAAAAUUCAGAUUAAUUCAACAAGGAUCAUCUUCAGGAGUGAAAGAUGUUAACACUGAUCGUCAGUAUUGAAAGAUGAUCAAGUUGAAAUAUAACUAAUUUAUUAUA